UCAUGUUUUCGAGUAUAUGACCGCGAUAGCUCUGAAAGAGGGUAGCCACCACCCGAUCUUUGAUCAUUGCCUAAUAAUCUGUUGAGCUUUGCUCUUCAACGAAGAUGGCGACUGUUGACCUGUCCAUCAGAUCUAAACCCGCCGUCACCACCGAUGUUGGCCUGAUGUGGAAACGGGCAAUAGAUCGUUAUGAGGAAAUCACUCUAGUAAAGAUCGACUCUAUCAACAGAGCCAACAAUGUGGAGGAGAUUUUGGACGAGAUACAUGGGAGAGAGACAAUAUUCAAAGGCUAUCGCCACGACGGCUCCAAAUUGGACAAGUUCAGAUCGCUCGUGAGCAAGAGUCUGGGGCCCGUCGAGAAGUUGAGUAAUAUAGUUGCGUCGGCAGCUUCGACUGUAAGACCACACUUCUGCCAGCUUCUUAGUUGGUAUUGACUUAUGUCAUAUCACGACAGUCUUUCCCUCCCAGCACUGCUAUUUUCUCAGCAGUCAGUUAUCUUAUACAAGUAUGAUGCUUCUAUUCUUGGACAGUAUGGUACUUAACAAAUCUCAGUCUGCGAACACCGUGUCAGCCGAUUACGACAAGAUUGCCGGGCUCUUCGAGGAUUUGGAUUUGUAUCUCAAUCGGCUCAAGAUCUUGGAGAAAGAUGUUCCGCAUGUGCCAGAGCUGGAAGUAGCUUUAACAGAGGUGCUCACAUCCGUUUUAGUUAUCUGUGGUAUUUGUGCAAAGUUCAUCAAGAUGAAGCGAAUUGGUAGGAUGUUUUUGCCAUGUCGCUUCCCCCGAGCUUUCUUACGCAGUUGUGCUAAGCAGCUUCAUGAACUCAAUGUCACGUAUGUGGUGGACCCUUCCAAGGAAAGGUGCCGUCCAUAUCCAUAUACCUGAAAUUUUUUUCCGUACCUGUUUCAAAAAGCAUCAUUUAGAUGCCAAGAGCCUUCUUCAGCAACUGAUAUAAACGUGCCCUCAGUUAAGGCUUUUCGAAAUCUCGUCUCUGGUGAAGACGACGAACUCUCCACCGCCUAUGCGCACUUCCAUAAAAUGGUCGAACAAGAACAAGGCGCAGUCAGGAAUGCAACUUUGUCAACAGUGGGGCAAAUUCAAGCUGUAACGGGACGCACAGACCUGAAUACCAAGAUCCUCAUGGCUCGCAUAGAGAGUCGAGAAGCUGCUCUUGAACGCGACAAUCUCCUGGCAAGGCUAUCGACGCUUGACUUCCAUGAAAAGCACAGAGACAUAUUCGCAAAACAUCAUCAGGGCACUGGUCAGUGGCUGCUGAAAACGGAUGAAUUUCAGCGAUGGUCCACAGCAAAAAAGCCAUCAAUGCUUUGGUGUCCAGGAAUUCCGGGUGCUGGAAAGACUGUCAUGACAUCCUUUGUUGUAGACCAUAUCCAGGAAGCUAUUCAAGGGACGAAAGCAGCGACUGCAUACUUAUAUUGCGACUACAAGAAUCCCAAGACACAAUCUGAACUCGAACUUUUGUCUAGUGUAGCCCGACAAUUAGCCGAGCAAACAAGCUCCAUGCCUUCAGCAGUGAAUGAAUUUUGUGACAAGAAUGCCGAAAAGAGAAGAAAUCCGACAGGUGAUGAGUGGAUCGCACUCAUUAAGUCCAUUAGUCAUGUCUUUCAGAGAACCUACCUCUUUGUCGAUGCCCUGGAUGAAUGCCCUGAAACCAACAGGGAAAACUUUCUCAGUUUGAUUUCGAAAAUAGAACCUUUCGUCUGGUUGUUCAUCACUUCUCGCCCGCAUGUGGGCAUUGAAGCGAAAUUCCUGAAAAUAUCUCGAGUCGACAUUUCGGCCAGCGACUCUGAUAUCAAGACUUACUUGAUGUCAGAAAUCAGUACAAACAACAGAUUAUCUUUGUUCGCUGCUAAGGACGUCAAGUUGAAGGAGGAUAUAGUCAAAAGUGUGAGUGAAAAGGCUGCUGGCAUGUUCCUGCUUCCCUAUCUCCAGAUAUACCACCUUUCCAAACAAGCGAGUCUCAAGAAGGUUCGAAACACUAUGAACGCGUUGCCAACAGAAGUUUUUGCAAGUUAUGGGGAGGCCAUGAAGAGGAUCGAGGACCAGCAAGAGGGGGAUAGCGAACUAGCGAGGAGAGCUCUUUCCUACAUAUUUUGUGCUAAGAGACCACUGAGUGUGGAAGAGCUACGCCAUAUCUUGUCUAUGGAAGCCGAAGAUAUUGAAUUAGACGAAACGGCUUUUCCGGAGACUGAGAUUCUGCUCAACAUAUCCGCUGGCCUGAUCAAGAUUGAUGAGCAGAGUGGCGCCGCAGGGCUAGUACACUACACCUUGCAGGAGUAUCUAGAAAAGAACCGGGAGAAACUUCUGCCAGACCCCGAAGUUGAAAUGGGAAUGGCAUGCCUCACAUACUUGUCAUUUGACGUCUUCCAGGGAGGUUCUUGCAAUAGUGGAGAGGAACUUCACCAUCGAUUACAAGAGUAUAAAUUCCUUGAUUACGCUUCUCAUCAUUGGGGUUAUCAUAUCAUGGAGAAUCAGCUUCAUGAAAGGGUGGUGGGCUUGCUUUUAACAUUCCUGAAGAGUAAGCAAAAGCUGGCUUCUUCCGUUCAGAUAUUGCACAUUGCUGCACGUCGAACGAAUGACUGGCAUGACCGUUACCCUAAACAAUUUGGGCCUCUACAUGUUGUAGCGUAUUGGGGUUUAGACAAGAUUCUUAAUGUUCUUUUCGAAACUGACAUAGACGUCGACAGUCGAGAUAGCUAUGAAGCAACAGCAUUACAGAUAGCUGCUAAGCGUGGUCACAACUCAGUGACGCAGCUCCUGCUCAACAAAGGGGCCAGCAUUAACAUUAGCAAUGUAAAUGGUGAGACGGCUCUAUACUGGGCAGCCAGAAGUGGGCACAAGACGACAGUAGACAUGCUCCUUAUAAACAGAGCCGAUGUCCUGACGAAGGAUAACGAAGGAUGGACUGCACUGUACUGGGCUGUCGUAGGAGGAAACAAUGACGUGGUGAAAAUGCUGCUAGAGUAUGGCGCUAACAUAAUCACUGCCGAAUAUGAUGGAAGACAUAAGGCACUUUAUCUGGCGGCUGAGGAAGGGCAUGAGCUAACUGUGCAAAUGCUAUUAGGCAGUGGAGCUAAUGUCAAUGCACAAGAUUAUUUGGGCAGCACGGCACUGGAUUUUGCAGCAGCGCCAGGGCAUGAAAAGACGCUGCAGGUGCUUCUACAGAACGGAGCUGAUGUUAAUUCGAGAGAUAAUUUCGGAAAUACUGUCCUGCAUUGGGCGGUUCCGCAUAAAACAUUAAUACGGCUGUUAUUGGAGUACGCGGUCGACCUCGAUGCGAAGAACGACAGUGGACAGAGUGCACUUUGUUGGGCUGCUCAAGAUUGGCCACUGGCAGUUACGGAACUGCUCCUCGAAAACAACGCCGACGUCAAUGCACAGGACAAUUUUGGAUUUACUGCACUGCAUCGAGCAACCUUAAGAGGGCGUGAAUCGACGGUACGAUUACUACUCGAGAAUGGGGCUGAUCCCAACAUAAAGGAUAAGGAUGAAUGGACGCCUCUGCACCUGGCAGCCCUGAAACAGUACGAGGGCCUAGUGCAAGUGCUAUUGGAUCGAGUUGAUGAUGGAAGGAUGAUACUGGGCUGGGUAGAUUUGCAACUUCAGGACAAGAAAAGGCAGGCGUUAUUGGAGGAGGCUGCAGAAGGUAAGGCGGAAGCAAGCACUGUACUUACGGGCCUGCGCGAAGCCGCCCAGAAAAGGCAAUUCGGCCGGUCGCAAUUGCUCUUAGAGAAGGGAGCCGAUGUGAAUGCGAAGGAUGUUGGAGGAUGGUCAGCUCUAACCAUAGCUGCCAAUUUCGGAUAUGAGGAAAUCGUGCAACUGCUGCUGGAGAAUGGAGCUGAUGCCAACAUAAGUGGAUACGAUAAACGGACGGCUUUGCAUUGGGCGUCCGAAUGGGGGCAGGAGACGGUUGUGCAGCUUUUGGUCAAGAACGGAGCCAAUGUUAAUGCAAGUGCGUAUGGGUGGACAGCGAUGCUUCUUGCGGUCAGGGAUGAGUACAUGGCGAUUGGGCGCUUCUUAAUUGAAAAUGAGGCUGACGUAAACGCGGAGGAUUACCAUGGACGAACAGCGCUGCACUGGGCUGCUAAGCACGGCGACAGGCUAAUCGUGCAGCUGCUGGUAGGGAAGGGGAUCGACGUCAACGCGGAAGACCGUUGGGGGAGGACGGCGUUGAUAUACGCAGUCGAGAACAUGCAACGAGAGGUAGUGAAAAUGCUACUGGAAACCGGGGCAGCCACUGAAGCGAAAUUUCGACAUGAUUUAACUGCACUACACAUUGCGGCUUUCAUAGGGUUUGAGUCAGCCGUACACUAUCUGCUAGAAGGAGGCGCUAGCGUUGAAGCAAAAACUCAAGACAAUCUCACCGCACUGCACAUAGCAGCUUUUAUGGGGUGGGAGUCGGUUGUGCAACAGCUGCUGGAAAAAGGAGCUGACGUCGAGGCAGAAGCGCGGUGGUGUGGAGUCGAAGAAGAAGAGGAAUAUGACUACGGCGUGACAGACGUACAUAUGGCUGAGAAACGAUUGAUUGAUUUAUUACGCCAGUGGUUACUUGAGGAAGGAAUCGCCACUGGUGUUGGGAUGGAACCUCGAUAUGGAUUGACGGCGCGACAGCUUGCGGUUAGUGCCGGACACCCUGAGGUACAGGAAUUGUUAGGUUGACUGCACUCAAUCAUAAUGAUGGCUUGCGCCAAUGGUCGUCAUGAAGAUAUCAUAAGAUAGUCGAUGUGGGUGCAGAAUUUCGAUAUCUAUGUCAAGAACGAAAGUACGAAGUGCUUUGCCAUGCCGCUUCGCUUGUGUGAAUCUGAGUGGGAGCCUCUUUUUGAGGGGGUGGGGCCAUGGGGGACUGUAUUCUGGUCCGGAAUUCCUGACAAAUUUCUUAGAGUUUUUCUCUCUUUGGCAUGGGUGGUGGAACUUUCAAUUUUCUAUCCUAGUUAUAGCAGUGGUUAGAAGAAGGCAUAUUUGUUCCCAGCGUCUGUUCAGCGUGUGUCUUUGGCUGGGUAGCCCACAAUCAAGCAACUCUACUUGUUUAAGCCUUUCAUAAGCAAUAUCCAAAUAGGCCUUCAGACCUUUCACCAAAAUCUUAUUGACGGCCAGUUGAUGUUCGUCUUCAUCUUCUAAUCCAUCAGCCAGCAUACACUGCCAUCUAUUCGGCGGCAUGAAGAGUAAUCUCAGCGUAACCUGUGUGCGAUAACAAACCUUCUCUCUAUCCAAUACGAAGUUACCUAAAAAGCCUGCCUCCUUCAGCUGCUGUUUCAGCUCUUCAGUAAACAGAGAUAAAAUAACUUCAUCGAUGGAAAUCUCAUCCCACUUAUUUUCAUCAAGAAUGAAUCCAUAUUCAGCAAGCAAGAAAUCAUUACUAUGAUUCCCAUAACUAAUGUAUAUUUCCUCUCCCUUCUCGAUUCGUCGAUCCGUGCAGAUGUCGUACCCAGAGGUUGAGAACGUUACUUUGGAGGCAACAUCUGCAUGGUUGAAACAAUCGGCAAAUGGUGCGAGUGCCAAGCAAUCGUAGUGGUCGACUGGUGUUUUUAUUUUUGGGGAGGUGUAAUAGAAUGUUCGGGUGCUGACUAUGAACCAGUAAUAUAAAUAUGAAGCGUUGGACACAGUGGGGAAGGCGGUGGAGACAGCGGCCCAGUCGACGGAGAUUUUCUUCUUUUGAUUUUCCACGAGAGAUGAUGAUCCGGCUGGGAGCAGUGCUUGGAGCGCAGGGUGCCACAUGAAUGGUAUUGACUCGUCGAAGUCCUCCUUGGUUGGUAGAACUGCUCGCCAUGCGGCACGAACCUCGGAUAUGUCCAUCGUCAGUUCGGCAGCCAGGAGACCUUGAACGGUGAUAAUGCCGAUUGGUUUAGAGAUGCUCUUUGGGACGGUUCGGAUUGUUCGUAGGGCAGAUACGGGGACAGUCAGUAUUGUGUCUCCAGCCUGAUUAAGCGUCAGAAUGCACUCGCAGAAACAGUGGUAUAGAAAGAGCAAAAGAGAAGUACAAAGUAAUCAAAUAUAAAUAAUGCCCAGUCCUACAUACUUUAAGCUCCUGCUUCGCAAUGAUACCCAGUCCCCUACCAGGAAAUCUAUGGGUUGCAAUCCCGUUGAGUUGCACUCCUCGAGCGACAGCCCAUUCCGUGAACUCGUUAUUGAUAUCCAUUUGAUAUUCAAGCUUAUCGGUAACGGGCCCCUAUCUUCGAGAGCAUAAAAGUACUUGACCUCGUGGACGAGAAAGAAACUGCCGCAAAGUUUAGGCACAGUCUGGAGGAUGA